CGGCACGAAUACGGAAUAUGAGUGAUACGCGCGAGCAAAUCCUGGACCAAAUCAAAGUGCAAGGCGAUCUCGUCCGUCAACUGAAGGCUGCGAAGGAGUCCAAGGAGAAGAGCUUCGACCGGAAACAGUAUCAGCCCAGUCAAAAGGACCGGCAUCAACAUAGGGACCGGGAGGAGGCGGAGCAGCAGCGCUGAGGAGCGGGAGGCGUCGUCUGAGUCACUGGACAGGAUGCCGGAAACGCUGCCCGCGACGGCAACGGUGACGGCGUCGGGCAUCGAUUGCACGGUGGCUGUCCUUAAGGUGCCCACGCCCACGCUCCAGUUGCCGCAGGCCUGCAACCUGCAGAGCCUGGGCCUGAUCAUGGAGCCGAACAACAUCAACAUCGAGCUGAAUCCUGCCGCCCUCAUCCCGCCAGCAAUAGGGCCUGUGGGUUUCAAGAUGAUGACUAUGGACAUAACCAAAACCGAACCCGGACUAGUCGGGCUUUCCUCUAACCAACAGCAGCAGCAGCAGCAGCAGCAAUCCCAGCAGCAGCAGCAGAACGCCGGAAUGAACAGCCAGAACAACGGACCCAAUCCCAAUAGCAAUGGGAACAACAAUAACAAUGGCCAUGGCGGCGUUGUUAACGUGGUCAACUCUGGCGGAGGCGGCAAUGGCAGUGGCGGCGGCAAUGGCAAUGGCAAUGUCCAAAGCAUAGCCGCUGCUGCCAACAACAAUAACAAUAAUAACAACAAUGGCAGCCAACUAUGCGCCGGCUGCGGCAAGCACAUCCAGGAUCGGUAUCUUCUCCGGGCCCUGGACAUGCUGUGGCACGAGGAUUGCCUCAAAUGCGGCUGUUGCGACUGCCGCCUGGGCGAAGUGGGCUCCACGCUGUACACCAAGGGGAACCUGAUGCUCUGCAAGAGGGAUUAUUUGAGAUUAUUUGGAAACACUGGCUACUGUGCCGCCUGCAGCAAGGUGAUCCCUGCCUUCGAGAUGGUAAUGCGUGCCCGCACCAAUGUCUACCACCUGGAGUGCUUCGCCUGCCAGCAAUGCAACCACAGAUUCUGCGUGGGCGACCGCUUCUACCUGUGCGAGAAUAAAAUACUCUGCGAGUAUGACUACGAGGAGCGGCUGGUUUUCGCCUCGAUGGCCAAUCAUCCGAUGCUCAAGCGCCAUGUCUCCUCGCUGGGCCAGGGCUCGCCCACGGGAGCGACUGGUGGUCAAAAUGCUGCCGGCGGACUUCUGGGCGGCGGUCCCGGCACCAAUGUCAAUGGUGUCGGUGUCGGCGUCAAUGUGGGCAUGGUCAAUGGCCCACGCACACCCGGCGAUCACAAUAACAACAACGGUCCGCAGACACCGACUGGCGGCGGCUCGCCGUUUGCCGCAGCAGCAGCCGCCGCUGCCGCCGCUGCUCACAUGAAGAAUCAACUGGGAGCGUCCAGCUAA